AAUAGAAAACAUGGCGGGUGAAGGGGGAAAUUCAGAAGCUGCCGAGAAGCAAAACCCGAUCUGCAGCUUGGACCUUACAAAAUUGAGAGAGAGAGUUCGAAAUUAUAUAGACACACACCACUAUGACUCUGCACUGUUCUGGGCUGACAAGAUUGUCUCUCUUUCAAAUGGAGAUGUGGAUGAUGUCUACUGGUAUGCUCAGACUCUGUACCUCACUGGGCAGUACCACCGAGCUUCCAAGCUGCUGCGGACCGCCAAACUGGACAAGACAAAUUCAGCUUGUAGAUAUCUAGCAGCUCUUUGCCAUUAUGAAUGUAAAGAAUGGCAGGAAUCGUUGAAUAUUUUAGACAUGGUUGACAACAACAAACUGCGAUCUUUUGCACCCUGUCUGAGCGAGUCUCACAUUGACACUAACAGCAAAGAGCCAAUAGAACAUUCUAUAAACCUACUCCGUGGCAAAAUCUAUGAAGCCAUGGACAACAGAAAUUUGGCAGUGGAAUGUUUUCGAGAGGCCCUGCGCCAGGAUGUGUACUGCUUUGAGGCAUUUGACCUUCUCGUCAACCACCACAUGUUGUCAGCACAAGAAGAAAGAGAAUUGAUUGAUUCAUUACCAUUUGCAUUACAAUGUCCAGAAGAGGAAGUGGAACUUGUCAGAUUUUUGUAUGAAAAUAAAGUCAAAAAGUAUAACAAACCCCAGAAUCAAUCUGUUCCCAGCUCUUUGUGUGCCCUCAAGGAAAAUUUAGAUGUGGUUGUCAACCUCGCUGAACGACAUUAUUACAAUUGUGAAUUUAGAGAUUGCUAUAAAAUUACAUCAAUGGUGCUUUCUAAGGAUCCUUACAACAGUCAGUGUCUUCCUCUACAUAUAGCAGUCCUAGUGGAAUUAAAAAACCUAAAAGAAUUAUUUUACUUGGCCCACAAGCUAGUGGAUCUGUACCCAAAUAAACCGGUGUCAUGGUUUGCUGUGGGAUGUUACUACCUCCUCAUACCAGACAACAUUGAACCAGGUCGUCGGUAUCUCAGUAAAGCGACGUCUAUGGACAGAGUGUAUGGCCCUGCCUGGCUCGCAUUUGGUCAUUCAUUUGCAACGGAGAAUGAACAUGAUCAAGCCAUGGCGGCAUACUUUACAGCAUCACAGUUGAUGAAGGGCUGCCACCUACCGAUCCUGUACGUCGGACUGGAGUAUGGACUAACCAACAACAGUAAACUGGCGGAGCGUUUCUUCAGUCAGGCCCUAUGUAUAGCACCAGAAGACCCAUUUGUUUUACACGAGAUGGGGGUGAUAGCCUUUCAAAAUCUGGACUGGCUUAAGGCCCAUCGCUACUUUAAAGAGGCCUUGUCUAAAGUGGAGUGUGUGAGCCAUCAGGUGAUGGUGGAGAAAUGGGAGCCUCUCCUCAACAACCUCGGACACACAUGUCGCAAACUCAAGAGGUAUGAGGAAGCUUUGGAUUACCACCGACAAGCACAGGUCCUCUCCCCUCAGAAUCCUUCUACAUACUCGGCCAUUGGGUACUGUUAUGUGUUGAUGGGAAACAACAUUAUGGCAGUGGACUACUUUGACAAGGCUUUAGGGAUCCGACGUGAUGACACUUUCUCCACCACCAUGCUAAACAAUGUUAUGGAAGCGCUGAUGCUUGAGAUGUCUCCUUGUGAUGAUAUGCCAGAAGAAGACAUGCAAAUCUCCAAAAAGAUAGCUUUUGAGACACCAGAAAGUAACAAGGGAAGUCUUGCAGAUGUACCCUCUGAAGCAGAAGCUGAUAGCAGCAGCAUCAUGGUGAUAGAGGAGCUCGAUAUGGAUGAAAGUGAUUGAUAGACAGAUUGAAACAUCUUUGUGAUCAUCAAAAAUAAUGUGAUUAUGAUAGAGACAAUUGCCAACUAAAUCAUAAAAAUCAUCUAAAUCAUUAAAACUUGCUGUGCUAAAUGAUUUGAUAUUUACAGGAGUAAUAUUCAUCCUGUGAACUACCUUACAACUACCACCAACAUGGGGAAGCCUUGUAAACGUUAAUCUUAUGAUAUUACUUGACAAUUUAAAACUGUACACAGGGAAUCUUCACUGCAGGAAAGUUUACCCCCUGGCCAAAAAAAAAUGGUUGUUUUCUUCCUGUUUCAUAUUUUACAUGAGCAUAAUAUAUAUAAGAUGUUAAUAGCCUGGAGUAGUGAAACUAUUUUUUUAAUAUGCCCUCCUAUUAUUGUGUGUCGACAGCAACAAAGACUUUCCCAGUAUAAAGUACACUGAUUAUAGAUCCCUGAACAACAUCUACAUACAUGUAUGUUAACAAUGAUAUCCUCAAUGUAUACCAAUCAGCCCAGGGACCAGUUGCUCAAAUGAUAAAUAGGCUAAUUACAGUUUAAUAACAAUUUCAAAAUCCUGAUAAAAUAAUUUGUGGUAAAACUAACUUGACAAAAUUGUAUGAAAUUACAACACUUGCCAGUCUCUUCCUGCCUGCUUAUUUUAAGGAAUAUACAUACACAGAUUUUAAAGUAAAGGAGAAAUGAGAUUCUCCCUAAUUAAGUGAUUAAGCUAAUCACCUUUUCAACAACUUGGCCCAGGUCUCCAUACAUAGCAAUCUCCUGACAGGGUAAAUACUCCGAAUGCCGACAGCAACAAUUAUAUUUUGUCACAUUUAUGUCAACACGUUGGUUGUUUCUAUGAUAGAUGUAUACAUAUGAAAACCUUGUAGUCCCAAUGGCAUAUUAGCAAUGUAAUAUUUACUCUGUUUGGCCUUGAAAUAGCUGCCCUUCACCAUCGCCUGCACCUCCUGCCAUCCUUAUUAGUAUGGUGAUGGAUUCAGAGCAUGGCUCAAUGGUAAAUACUGUCCACAUGUCACAAAAGUAAAGCUUAAAGUAAACCAAACCUGCAGUGAAAUACAGAAAUGUCCUUGGUCAAUAAAAAACCUAUGAUUGCAAGUUCUAUAAUUCCAAGCCACCAGGGGCCUAGUGACUGGGAUGCAAAAGGGGAAGUUGCUAUUACGUUUAAAACAAUACUCGACUCCAGAUCAAGAUGCUCAAAAAACAGAAACCCUUCACAGUUUCAAAUGUCCGACACUGCUUUAUCAAAAAUGUAAAUUUCAUAACUCUUAAUAAUGGAUAAUGUAAGAAAGUUACAGCAAGCACUUGUUUUCAGUGAGAAAUUGUUCAGACUUUGAUGGAUGUAUGGUCAUCACAACAUCAAAUUGUUAUGGUGUCAAAACAACAGGCUAGUCAUCACUAUUUCUCCAGAACUACCAAAAUGAAUGGAAUUUUCACACUCUAAAAUGUUAAGUUAGGGUCGUGGUUGUGUAUGCCACACAUUGUACAAGAGGAGCCAUUUUUAGCGUGCCCAGGAAGAAAUCCAUGGGAGUUAUUGUUAUACCCCAGCUGGUUUAAAGUUUUUAUUAAACAGGGUCAAUACUGAUGAGGAUGCAGCUUAGGUAAUUGGCCUGUGUGGUCCUUGUGAUAAGACCUUUUCAUUAGUACAUGUACUACAUUUGCCGACCUGCUGACCUUCAGUUUGACCUUUGACUUACUAAUUCUGGAUUACUACCCACUUGGCAAGCUAUGUUGUCUUCUGACCAAACCUAUUUGUCUGUGACGAUGUUGCUAAUCAAGACUAUGGUGUUGAUAUUCUGGCCGUGACAGGGUCUUUUUCACUUUAAAGUUUUGUUCAAAAGGUGUAUAGUCAGAUCACAUAGUGGAUAUCCCAACACAGCCUAAACUGAUGGAAUACCAUCAAGAAUUUAUAGUCCAGUCACUCUAGAAUAUAGGGACUUUAAAGUUUUGUGUUUAGCUCAGUUUUGCCAAAAGUACCAAUGUUAUUAAUAAUCCAACUAAACCUGGAAUAAAGUUACUUUGUAGUAUGGACAUCUCAAUACACCUUGCACAUUACAUGAAUUUUAAUAAUUUAGUAUUUUGGGGUUAUUUUAUAAAAACCUUAGAUUUUGAUAAUUUUAUAUAAAAUCUUUUUAAAAGCUUCUGAAAUAAUGAAAUUUCGGUCUAUUUUGGAGUAAGUGGAACAGGAGAGAAAGGCCAAUUCCAAAUACAGGUAUGGCAUUUUCUAUCAAUUAUUCAUCAAGUUAAUUUCAGAAAUGCUACUUAUUCGAAUCUUCAAAGUCAACACAACAGAUAAUAACAAGAGGAAAUAAGAGAAAUCAAAAUCAAACUAAGAUCAACGAUGCUGGUGCCAGGAUGUUGAAUACCUUCCUUCAGCUGUUGUUGUGUACUAAAGCAUCGCUCCAGAAUGGGCUUUAGUGUAGAGCUGAAGUAACUGAUAUAUUGUUACUCUGUAGCUGUAGUAUACACUUGUUGUGUAGCGUUUGUUUUUAACAUCAGACAAUGUUAGAAGGAUAUCGGCUCAUAUGUGAUAACUAUAUUGUGUAAUUUUAAAUGUGCUGUAUCUCUGUUUAAUAUACAAUUAAAUUGGAACAAAAACUA